AACGGAUAAUAAUAAUAAUAAUAAUAUAAAUAAUAAUAAUCCCCUUUCUCUCACUCCAAAACCAUACUCCCAUUCCCUCUCCCAAGCAAAAAGUGAUCGAUCGAGGAGUUUUUUUUUCCCCUUUUUUUUGGGUCUUUUUUAGAGGUGAAAUGAUGGGGAUUUGAUUGUGUAAUUUAUUUGGUUAGUGCCAAAAAAAAAAAAAAAAAAAUGUUGCCCGUGAGCUCUGCCGCAUUGAACUGCUCCUCUUCCCUUUCUCCGGGAACGAAAGCUUUUUAUUCGCUGCGGAAAACAGUAGAGGAUCGAUCGACCAUUGAGGAGAGGCACUUCCUUUGUAUGCAAGAUGGGACACAUAUGAAUGAUUUAUCUUUCAGAGCUCAUUCUUCCAAAUCGAUGCAAUCAAUUAUCACAGAUAUACCCAACAAGUCAGGCUCCUCGGAUUCCUCAAUAUUCUCGCCUUACCCGAAUGAUUUUGAUGAUAUAGUACGUGUAUUUCCUAAAGAGUACUUUAACGGUGAACCAGAUAUAUCUUGCAACUCAGCAAGGGAAGUGACAAAUUUGGAUCGACCAUCCAUGGCCCUCCCUGGUGGGGAUGAUCGUGUAAAUAUACCUGACUUUCCUGAUCAAAGUGCAAGCGCGGCUCUCGAGUCCGCAUCUUCUGAUUCUUUGUUGACCACCAAUGUGGGAGAAAGUACUCUUUCUGAGAGUUCAAUUCCAAUUUCUGAUACAGUUGAGGGGACUACUAAAGGAAUAGUAAAUGUGAAAGAAAGCGUUGGAAGUUCGGUAUCACAAAUUUUUGAAUCUGUCGACACAUCAAUAAAUCGAGCACAAGAUGCUUUGAAGAGCACGUAUGAUUCGCUGACAUCAUCAGUUUCUGAUGCAGUUAAAAGUGUGACAAAAUCAGUUGAUAAUGUAGCUAGUGAUUUGUUUUCUUCUGUUGAUAUAUCCAAGAAGCAAGCAGGUGGUCAAUUAGCCGGCUUGUCAAGUGCGUUAAAGGAAAAUGUGUAUGGAGCAGGUGCUGUAGCUGUUGACGUUCUUAGACGGGCAAUUAUUAGUUUUGAGGAAUCUUUGGGAAAGGCAGCUACUUUUGUGGUAUAUUCUUACGGAGCAGCAAAGUCAUCGCUUCCACCAAAUGUUAGGGAUGCAUUAAACUUAUCUGAAGAUAAAGCUUCACAAAUUUUGAGUCCUGUUGGAGAUUCUUUUCAACAGGUAUAUGUCAUCAUUGAGGGAUUUGAAAAGAAUCUUGGUUUGGACCCAAAUGAUCCAAUUGUCCAAUUCGCACUUUUGCUAGGAAGUUCAGCUACUAUAGGGACAUUUUACUGGGUGCUUAUUUAUGGUGGCUAUUCUGGUGACUUGGCUCCUGAAGAAACAUUUGAGCUGCUGAAAAAUGACCAGAAUGCCGUACUUGUUGAUGUUCGGCCUGAGAAAUUGAGGGAAAGAGAUGGUGUUCCCGCCCUUCGUCGUGGAGCCAGGUCUAAAUAUGCCAGUGUGACUCUUCCUGAGAUUGAUGGUUCGCUGAAAAAAAUGCUGAAGAGUGGAAGAGAUGUAGAGAAUGCCUUGAUUGCCGUUGUCAUCCGCAAUUUGAAAAUUGUCAAAGUACGAACUAGAAUUUUGCCUGUCAAUAUUCCGGAAGACUCAAAGGUCAUCAUUAUGGACGCGAAUGGCACUCAGUCUAAAGCCAUUGCGAGAUCCUUAAAGAGACUCGGUGUGAAGAGACCUUAUUUGGUUAAAGGUGGUUUCGAAUCAUGGGCGAAGAAGAGUCUCCGGAUCAAGGAACUCCAACCUGAGACUGCUUUGACAGUUUUGAGUGAGGAAGCAGAGGCAAUUCUUGAGGUUAUUAAGCCGACCCCGACCCUUGUUAUUGGAUAUGCUUUGGGCAUAUCUGCAGCUAUAUAUGCUUUAUUAGAAUGGGAGAAGACGCUGCAAGUGAUUGGUCUUGUGGGCCUUGGGCAGACUCUAUAUCGACGUGUUGCUUCGUAUGAGGAUUCUGAAGAUCUAAAACAGGAUGUGAGCAGGUUGCUGCUUACGCCGGUAACGUUGGGCGCCCAAGCAUUUUCAUGGGUGGUGAGAAAACUAGAACCGAACAACAUUGGUCUGCCGACCUCACCCUCAACAACAGCUGUUCAAGAUCGGGUCCUGCAGGCAGCUGCAAAGCACGAAUCUCAACCGUCUGAUGAUGACGGAAACCAAGCGUCCGGCCCAGCAACUGAGAACCUAGUCUCCAAAGCAUGAAACCGAGGAUCAGGCAUUUGUAUAUUGGCAUCAUUGACACCUCCCCUAAUCUCCGCGGUGCCUCUGAUUCUUUGUUGUUUAAGUGUUAAUAUUCGAUGUGAUAUUCUACAUUACAGGGAGACACAGACACCAUACCCCAGAAGCUGGGCUUCUGCUUUUGCUUCUGCUUUUAUCUUGCUUUUCCAGUUCUUUUAAAGUCACUAGUUUAACUCUCCAUGUGUAAUUAAAACACUUACUGAUACAGGAAAAGCUUUUCAUUCUUGAGUAA